AUGGCGGUAGCAUCGAGCGAUGGAGAGUACGAAGACGACCCGGAAAGCUAUCACUCUGGCGACUCGGAGGAAUACCAAAUGGACCAUCGUCCAUGGCUCGAGAGGACCGCCGUCAAGCGCGACAUUCAAGACCUCUAUACCGUUAAAGGUCUAUACAACCCCUCUCUUGGGCUCUACCGCUAUCGUGUCGUGGACCGCCUAGGUGAAGGCACCUUCUCGUCCGUCUACCUCGCCUACGACAGCCUGCACAAUCUGCACAACAACGUAUACUGGUUGCCCGAGGAAACCAAAAGUCCCGUGGGCAAUCUUUGCGUGGAGACGGGGCACCAAGUCGCACUCAAGAAGAUUCUCGUGACGAGCUCGCCAGAACGUGUGGAGAACGAGCUGUCGAUCUUGGAGAACUUGCGUGGAUGCCGAAAUGUCUCGCCGCUGGUAACGGCGUUUCGAGAUGACGACCAGGUUAUCAUCGUCCUUCCCUUCCACGCCUGUGACGACUUCCGCUACUUCUACCGCCUCAUGGACCCACCAAAGAUUCGCGCAUACAUGACGUGCUUACUGCGCGCGCUCAAAGAUAUCCAUGCGCGAGGGAUCAUUCACCGCGACGUGAAGCCGGCAAACUUUCUGUUCGACUAUGAAAGCGGCCACGGGGUGCUCGUCGACUUUGGUCUCGCGGAGCGAUAUCAAUCUCCAAGAGAAGCGACGUGUCAGCACGAGCCAGCAACACGUUCACACCUCCACGGCCAACGGUGCCGGACGGACGACACGCUGACUGUCGAGCAGGCUGUGUACGACGCGCGCAAGCGCUCCAGAGCGGGCGAGGGCAAGGUCGGGUUCCGGCAAGAGGAUGCUAGGCCGGCGGUUAAAACGAAUCGAGCCGGUACCCGUGGGUUCCGUGCCCCGGAGGUCUUGUUCAAAUGCCCAGACCAAACCGUCGCGAUCGACGUGUGGUCGGCCGGCGUCAUUCUCCUCUCCAUUCUCUCCCACAAGUUCCCCGUGUUCAACUCGAGCGACGAUGUCGAGGCGCUCAUGGAAAUCGCGGCGCUGUUCGGGCGCAACUCGAUGCAGCGCUGCGCUAUGCUACACAAUCGCACGUUCAUAUCCAACGUCCCGACGCUGGACGAGCCGCCAGAAUCGCUUGCGUCCCUCAUUCUUCGUCUCAAUCCACACCUGUACACGCCACACCAACCUGAUCCGACUCCGGAGGAGGCGUUGGAGCACAUACUCGCGGUUGACUGCGCGCUCGACCUCUGCGCUAAGCUGCUGCAUGUGGACAGCACACGGCGCAUUACAGCCGCGCAGGCGCUCCGGCACCGCUUUCUCGGUAAUGCGGAGGACGAUGGGCCGGACGAGCAACUGGACCCGACAGAGGGCAAAUGCGGCUUGCUCCACCGAUGGGUUGAUGGCCAACGUGGGUGA